AUGACAAUUUACAUUUGGGAUUUCAUGGUUGAUGAUGCACUUGUGAGUGGAUAUGAUCAUCAUAGUGCAUUUGCCGCUGGUGUUGAUAUGAGCAUGCUUCUUGAGGGGCUUAUGAGAGUUCUGGUGAAACUGAACGCCAAGCGAAGACGACCUUGUGUUUUGAGUGAGCUGCGUUCCAACUUGCAUCUUCGUUUUCCGUCUCUCCCUGUCUUUCUGUGUAUGAAGCUCCAAACUUUUGCCGACCCACAAUACAUCUCUUACAUUCAUACCUUGCUUCGCCCUUCUUUCCAUCAAAUGAAUGCCGACACCUCCGGAAAACGGUGCCGGGAAAUUCAACAUCGUCACGACGCCGAUGACGAGCCUUCGAUUCCAAGGGAAGGAACUCAGGAGAACGAAUUGAAGGGUAUUCUUACUUUGCUGAUGUUGCCGGACGAUCAUGAUGAGAAGCAUGAUGAUGACGAUAACCUCGACAAGAACAAAGCGAACUCGCAAGAGAAAGAAAUCCCGACGGGCAGUUUUGAUGUAUCAGAGCUCAAAUCCGGAGCCGCAGAUAGUGGGCCUCGCCAUCAACGUAGGCUGUGGGUGAAAGAUCGUUCAGGGGCUUGGUGGCAACAAUGUAACCACCAGGAUUUUCCUGAACAAGAGUUCAAGAAAGCGUUUAGAAUGGGAAAAGCUACUUUCGAUAUGAUCUGCGAGGAGCUCAAUCCCGCGAUCGCGAAAGGAGACACAACUCUCAGAAAUGCAAUUCCUGUGAGGCAAAGAGUGGCUGUUUGUAUAUGGAGGUUAGCCACGGGCGAUCCUCUUCGUCUUGUAUCACAGAAAUUUGGUUUGGGCAUAUCAACUUGCCACAAGUUGAUUCUUGAGGUUUGUACGGCCAUAAGGUCUGUACUGAUGCGUAAGUACUUGCAAUGGCCUGAUGAAGUUACAACAAGGAACUUCAAAGCUGAAUUUGAAUCCAUCUCAGGAAUACCCAAUGUGGUGGGGUCCAUGUUUACCUCACAUAUCCCAAUAGCAGCUCCCAAGGUUAAUGUUACAGCUUAUUAUAAUAAGAAUCACACAGAGAGGAAUCAGAAAACUUCGUAUUCAGUUACAGUUCAGGGUGUCGUUGACCCAAGAGGUGUGUUUACAGAUGUUUCUAUUGGUUGGCCUGGUUCUAUGUCUGAUGAUGAGGUGUUACAGAAAUCUGCACUUUAUGAAAAGGCUAAUGGAGGACUUCUGAAUGGUAUGUGGAUUGUUGGGAGUUCAGGGUAUCCUCUAAUGGAUUGGGUUCUAGUGCCUUAUAGUCAGCAGAACCUGACUUGGACACAGCAUGCUUUUAACGAGAAGAUUGAAGAGAUUCGAAAAGUUUCAAAAGAUGCUUUUGCCAGAUUGAAAAGAAGGUGGGGUUGCCUGCAAAGAAGGACAGAAGUGAAACUACAAGAUUUGCCUCUUAUCCUUGCUGCCUGCUGUGUUCUGCAUAAUAUAUGUGAAUUUAAGAAUGAAGAAAUGGAUCCAGAGCUUAUGGUUGAACUUGUUGAUGAUGAGAUUGUGCCAGAUGUUGCUUUGAGAUCAGUAAAGUCUAUGAAGGCUAGGGACCUAAUUGCUCACAAUCUUUUACACCAUGGCCUUGCUGGCACUUCUUUUCUCUAGUCUCGUUUUUUUCUAUAGAUUGGUAUUGAAGUCAUUUACCAUUAUUUUUUUGUUUGGUCAAAGUCAUUUAUCUUGAUUAGAAGGGGCUUUGUGAAAGACUCAUUCGCCCCUUUACCUACUGUAUGAUUAUAGUCUUAAUGGAGUGCAAAGUUAUGUGUAAAAUUCGCAGACUAGAAUCCUGUACUUCUAUACUUAUACUGACAGAUAAGAAUGACGAUAUGUGCUCAAUUA